AUGAGAUUUAUGGAAUCUGUCUACAAAUUACUUCUUAAUUAGUUCAACUAUAAACCAGCUAUUACAAUUCAACAGUUUUUUUAGAACGGAUUUUCAGAGAGAAAGGUUAUAUUUGCAUGUGAGGUAAUAGAUUUUAUGAAAUAAAAACAUCAAGUCUUGAGUAAAAUGAACUAAAUCAGUUAAAACAAGCCUGUUAUUAAGCCUAAAAAAUAAUAGAAAACUUAGGAGGCAUUACAAUUACCUGACUCCUAAUUCAUUGGAUAAUAAAAUGUAAUGGUAAUCAAGCAUGAACCACCUCCUUCGAUGGUUUAAAAUCAAUAUGGCAAUGGAAUUAUUCAAAGCUUACAUCCAUUUGCAGAUGAUGAAAAAGAAAAUAGUGAUUUCUCAAUUCCAAGUCCAAUGAGCAAUCAAAGCCCCAAUCAAAGCGUUUAGUAAAAUUAUAUCUCAGCUAAAUAGAAGAAACUUCCAAAGUCAUUCGCUUAGCGAAAAGCUUCACUUCAUGAGAAUCAAACUAUCUAAAAUUAAAAUCAUCAAUAAGACCAGAAUAUGUACCAUGUUAAAAAUUCCAUGCAUUAGUAGUAAAUUAGUUAUCCUUAAUAAUAGCAACAACCAUUCUAAGUAUCACCUAUUUUCUAAACUUAAUAAACAUUUGACAUGAAUAUGUAGAAUCAAACCUAGGAUAAGUAAAGUGAGCUGACAAAGGACUUAAUGAAACUAAUAGUUAAUGUUAAUGAAAGUAUCAAGACUCUGGGAUCUAGGUUUGAGUCGUUCUAGACUUCUAUUGAGGACAAAGUGAAUAAGUUGCAGGCUGAACAAAUACUGAUUAAGAAUAGAUUAUAAAUUAUUGAGAAGAAUACUAUGGGAAGAGACUUUGCGCUAAAUAAUAAUAAUAACAUGAUAGCAUUUGACUUUAACAAUCAUUAAACCCAGGAAAAAGCUAACUUAAGCUAGAUGUUAGAGAUCUAAAAUAAUACUAUUAAUACAAGAAUUGAUCAAUAAUAGUUAUAAGCAUUCCCUUUCCAAAUAUCUCAGAAUAUUCUAAGCAAUAGUAAUGUGGUAAAUUAAAAUCUAAACAAUAACAGUCUAUCAUAUAAUUCUAAUGAGACGGAGGAUUACAUCAAGUAAGUUGCUUCAAGAUUUGAAGAGACCAGAAAGCUAUUGAAUGAAGGGAAAAGUUAUAAAUACUGA